UCGGGUGACGCGACGCUCACGUGACCGCUGGGCCCAGAAGUGGGCACCGGUCCGGGUAGUGGCCCUCCCUCGGUGUUGUCGGACCCGGAGCCGUCUGCGAGCCCCUAGUUGUUGCUCCUGGUUCUUUCAGGUCUACGUGUCUGUUGUUCCCAGCGCUCUACUGCGCUAUAGAAAGAGGAGGAACCUGUCCAGAAUCCCCGCAGGACAGGAAAAGGAGGGGACGCUCAACAUGGAAAAACUCUGCAGUGAAAAUGAAGUGAAGCCUGAGAACCAGGGCAAGAUGGAAAACAAAGAACAGCCACUGGAUGCAGGAAAACCAGGAGCAGCUUGUACUAGGGAAGAUGAGGAAAACUUAGAAAACCAGGGAAGGACAGAUCCCAAGGGAAAAACAGAUGAGGAAGUAUUAACAGUUACGGAAAGGCCAGAGAGUGAGACCAAGCCAAAAGAAGGAGCCCCAGAGAGCCAAGAAAAGCCAGUGAGUGAGGAACAAGCACAAGAAAGAAAAGCAGAGAGCGAGGGGGAGCCAGAGAGCGCGGGGAAGCCAGAGAGCGAGGGGAAGCCAGUGAGUGAGGAAGAAGCAAAAGAAAGAAAAGCAGAGAGUGAGGGGAAGCCAGAGAGUGAGGAACAAGCACAAGAAAGAAAAGCAGAGAGCGAGGGGAAGCCAAAAGAAGACAAGCCAGCCAGCGAACCAAGGGAACCGAGGGCUGGCAGAAAGCGCCCCGCUGGGGAGGAUGUACCCAGGAAGGCCAAAAGAAAAACCAACAAGGGGCUGGCUCAGUGUCUCAAGGAAUACAAGGAGGCCAUACAUGAUAUGCAUUUGAGCAAUGAAGAGAUGAUAAGAGAAUUUGAUGAGAUGGCCAGGGUGGAGGAUGAGGUGAAGAAAACCAGACAGAAAUUGGGGGGGUUUAUGUGGAUGCAAAAAAGUUUACAGGACCCCUUCCACCCAAGGGGCCCAAGGGAACUCAGGGGUGGCUGCAGGGCCCCGCAAAGAGGCUUUGAAGACAUUCCUUUUGUGUAGUGCCUCUGGCAGGCAUUUACCAGGCCUUGUGCUUUAUUAACCUUAAAUGCUAAUCCUAUACUUUAGGUGUCGCUCUCAUUAUUCAACUGCAGCCCUCUAUGUUUCAGUAGCAGAUUUUCAUCCAUUGCAUGGAAAAAUGUUUAUGGUGCAUUGUAAAAUUAAAAACAAAAAUAGUUUUCAGAACCAUAUAUAUGGCAUCAGUCCAUUUUUGUAAAACUACAAAGAUACUUUACUAGUGAUCCAUGUACAAGAAAAACUGAAAACUAUCUACUAAAAAAUCAAUAGCGAUUAUCUGUGGGUGAUUUUUUUUUCUGUUUUUUGUUCAUCUGUUUAUAUUCUCUUAAAAAACACACAGCUUACUUUUUAUCAUAGCAAUAAUGAAAGAUAAAAAAUAGGAAAGCAAUACCAAGCAAUCAAGUACUAUUCAGUGAAGUGCCUUCUGAGGCAGUGGAGACACAUAAAAUUUGUGUUGCCAGGAUGUGAACUGAGUAAAAGUCACAUUACCUCUGGGACUCAAAGGUGCAAGAAUCAACUUGGCAAUUAGUACAGAUCCAUUGUUGUAAGGGAAACUCUUGGCAUCAGUGAGUUGGGGAUAAAACUUGCCUUCUAGGGCUGUGGAGAAUAUUCAAUAAGAUGCUGAGUAUGUGAGCUGGUUCCCACUCUGCCCUGCACUAGCAGGGCCAGAGCCCCAGCAGAUGUUUUGGAGAGGGCUGAGGAGGUUUCAAGUGUGUGCAGGAGUAAGUCCAGACAGCUGUGAGGUGGGUGGCCCUCUCCAGCUGGGGUAAUGUCAUGACUCUUGGGGGGUAUGCCUCUGCUUGUGGGUACUGUACCCUCCUAAGGCUCCCACUGCUGCUGAUGGGCUAGAGAUCGUGAUGGUCUAAAACAACACCAUGUCACAACUGAAAAGUGGAGAAUUCUCUACAGUAGAGUUACCCUAACUCACCUGGGUAGCACCCAGUUGUCACUUGGGUCUUGCUAUUUAUAAAGUUCUUAUAAAACAUACCUUUCCAAGUA